CAUACAAUUCCCAUGACCUCCACCACUCUCUGAUUGGCUGCCUCAUGCUGUCAAUCAUCUGGCGCUCGUUACACCAGCGCUCCUACAGUAAAUAUUUGUGUUUGCUCAACCGGCUGUAAUGGUGGACGACUGAAGGAGAAAAGCGGAGAGACUAAAUCUCAAAAAUCCUGUCCCGGGUAAAACACUAUUGUUCGUGGCUCGGAAAUAAACACCAGCGAAUAUGGAUGAACUCAAACAUCAAGUUAUGAUAAACCAGUUCGUCCUGACAGCUGGAUGUGCCGCAGACCAGGCGAAACAGCUUUUGCAAGCGGCACAUUGGCAGUUUGAGACAGCUCUUAGUGCCUUCUUUCAAGAGACAAAUAUACCUUACGGUCACCAUCAUCAAAUGAUGUGUACUCCCGCCAACACACCCGCGACGCCACCAAACUUCCCAGACGCCCUCACCAUGUUCUCGCGACUCAAAGCCUCGGAAAGCUUCAACAGCAGCAGCAGUCCCAGCAUGGCCACCUCACCCCCUCCACCUCCGGUCAGCUGGGGCAUGACCCCACCCGUGCCCAACCAGCAGGGCUUUGGACUCAGGGGCCUUCCCCGCAACAGGCCCACCCGCCCCCAGGCUGGCCCUCAGCUGUCAACCAGCAAGCCGCAACCGAACAGAAGGCCAGCGUCGCCAUGGAGGCCGAGAGAUGAGGCCCUGGACUACACGGCCUCCUCCCCACCCUCACACGGGCGACGGGAGGGGAGCGAGGGUUAGGGGAGGGUCAGGGGCACUCGUUUUACUCUCACUCACCAAACAUGGAGGGGGAGAGAGCUACACCAAGAAUAACCAAGCAACAUGGACAUUUACAGAAGAGGAGCGAAAGCCAACACGAAGGUAAUAAGAGAAAUAAAGAAACAAGCGCACAUUGUAUUACUAAGAAAGAGAGCAACUGAAAUUUUACUGAGGUUUUUUUUCUAUAAUAAAAGAGUAGUUUAACGUAUAUGGGACUAUGAUGAUCAUUGCACCCGUGGAUUAUUUCUGGUAUUUUCUCAAAGAUGGACGUCUAGCAUCUAAGGCAGCAACUUUUCUCACAUUUUACUUUUUAUUCUUUUAUCUGGUGUUCUUUAUGCAAGACGUUGCAUGUGGAUUAGCGAUCUGUUUUUGCGGUUUCUAACUAACUAGUAAUGCAAGAGUUCAUGUGUACAGUGUGUGAGACUUACACACUCAAAACAUUGUGUAUCGGACUUACAUUUUCUCUGCCCCGUUGGAUAAUGGGACUUUUUUCGUACCUCACUUGUCACCUUACUCUACUCAACCAAUCAGGGAAUCUCACUAGUUGAACACACUUUUUUCGAACUCGAAACGGAUUUUCCAUGAUGCUUUGCUUUGUCCAUUAUGCAGUAACUCAUUGAUGUCCUCAAAGAUUGUAAAGAUUGGUCUGAAAAUUGAUUCUGAAAGAUCUGGAUAUUUUAUACUCCUGGUUCAUAGUUUUAUUUAAAUCUGUUUUGGGGGAGCUGGUUAGCUGGUUUACAGUAGGUGUGUUUAUCAGACUGUUGUUUCUUAGUUGGGAAGAGUAAAUCCAUGCCGCUAAAGCUACAUUAAAACAGACUACUAUACAACAUGUUUGUAAGCAGACUCGCCACUUUGCAUGAUGCAUUCAUAGAGUAUGUAUAUCAUAUUUUGUAGUUUCUUUCUUUUUGGGGGAAUUCUACAUGAACGCUUUUCGGGAAUUCUGUCUCAUUGCCAGACUUAGAAAAUCUUCAGUUCAAGUUGUAAUUUUGGCCCCAUCUUCUUUUGUAUCGUCCUUUAUGUAAAAAUGAUAAAUCUGAAGAAAAAAAAACUUAAUAAAUAAUUUCUUACAGGAUGGAAACAAUUUUCAAGAAGCAAUGCUGUCAGUAACCUAUUUUAAAAAUUCAUUUUUGUUUUAUUUUCCAUUUGCACCAAUUUCUGAUCAAACUUUUCUUUUGGGGUCACUUGUUCCCAAAUGGUUUUCCAUGUAUGUUUUCCCCUGUUUGACUGUAUUGAUACCAUUCCCACAAUAUUUGUGGACUACCUGAUAAUUAACUUAUCAUUGUUUGUGUUCCUAAAUAAAUAUUGUAUGUCCUA